AACUUCGUUUUAGAACUUCAACCCCGAACCUCAGUUCUUCUUCUCUUCUCUUCUCCUCGUUCUUACCUUCCCAUCUUCAGCUGAGCACCCCUCUCUUCGCAGCACGACCCCUUUCUUCUGUUCUUCGCAUUCAGCCGCUGAGUGACCCCUCUCUUUGCAGCACGCCACUAUCCCAGGCAGACUUCUCUCUUCACACGCACAUCCCAGGCAGACUUCUCUCUUCACACGCACAGCCCUCGCCCUCGCCCUCGCCCUCGCUAGGGUUUAGUCAGCUGUUCUUAAGCUCUGAUCCUUGCUAUUGAUCUUGAGUGCUGAAAUAUUGGUGUAUAUCUCCUCCUGAACUGAGUUCAUUUGUAUGGUUGGAGGUUAUCGGCUUCUCUGAUAGCUUUAGUCAAUGUGGAUGCCCCUUUACUCAGAUGUUGCAGUAACCAAUCACGCAUCUGUCCAAACCAUCUGUAAUUGCUGAUAUCUUCAACCAUUAUGGAGGAUUCUCGCCUUUGUCAAAAAUGUCGAAAAGAAAGUAUCCUGCAAGAUCCUUCACCGGGACAUUGGUGUGCAGUUCUUGUGGGUUAGAGCAUGAUGGUACCAAUUUUGUGUCACCUUUCGAAGGUUAUGGAGAAAAUCAGAGAAGCUUUGGACCAUUAGUGAAUUGCCUCACUUAUUUUAGCAUUGUAUUUAAUGAUCGUCGAAUCCAUAUUAAAGGAGAAUAUACAAUUACAAAGAUCAAAAGAAGGCUCAUGCUAAAAAGGCUCUUGAUGGAAUCAGUUUUGUCCUUGGACUAUCAGAAGCAAGAGUCCGUGAUGUGAAAGAGAUGGUAGAAAGUAUCACGGACGGGGAAUGGGGUAUGGGAAGAUGGUUUUCUAUGCUUAUUGGUGCCUGUGUUUGUGUGGUAGCCUGCCAGAAAAAGUUACCCUUCACUAUGACAAAGAUUGCGGAUGUUGCAGUAACCAGGCACGCAUCUGUCCAAACGAUGUGUAAUUGCUGAUAUCUUCAACCAUUAUGGAGGAUUCUGGCCUUUGUCGAAAAUGUCGAAAAAGAAGUAUCAUACAAGAUCCCUUCACCGGGACACUGGUGUGCAAUUCUUGUGGGUUAGAGCAUGAUGGUACCAAUUUUGUGUCACCUUCCGAAGGUUAUGGAGAAAAUCAGAGAAGCUUUGGACCAUCAGUGAAUCGCCCCACUUAUUUCAGCGCUGUAAUUAAUGGUCGUCGAAUCCAUAUUAAAGGAGAAUACAAUUACAAAGAUCAAAAGAAGGCUCAUGCUAAAAAGGCUCUUGAUGGAAUCAGUUCUGUCCUUGGACUAUCAGAAGCAAGAGUCCGUGAUGUGAAAGAGAUGGUAGAAAGUAUCACGGAUGGGGAAUGGGGUUUGGGAAGAUGGUUUUCUGUGCUUAUUGGUGCCUGUGUUUGUGUGGUAGCCCGCCAAAAAAAGCUACCCUUCACUAUGACAAAGAUUGCGGCAGCCUCAAAUUGUGAUGUUGAUGAGUUGGGGAGAAUGUACAUCAAAGUUCGGAAGUUUUUGGAUCUGCAACUGCCUGGUGUGGACAUUAUUUCAUCAUUCAACCAUGCCGUCCAAACUUUAGAUAUUCUUUCUGAUAUUUCUAAGGAGAAAAAGGACAACUUGAUAAAGCAUGGCCAUCUUCUUCUGCAGUAUUCUGUUAAGUGGUACCUUACCACUGGACGCCAUCCCCUACCUAUGGUUGCAGCUGUCUUGGCAUUUGUUGCAAAUGUUUAUAAGGUUGAAGUGGGAUUAGCUCAGAUAUCUGAGGUGCUCUGUGCAAGGGUUAGCACUUGUGUUCAGCGCUAUAAAGAACUACAGGAGUGUUUAGUGGAAGUUGCUGGUGCACUGCCUUGGGGAAGGGAUAUUACAUCUGAGAAUUUGGUGCAAAAUGCACCUGUGCUUCUUCAGUAUAUGGAGAUGAAGUCAAAAUCAAAACCUUUGGAAGGAAAAGAUGCAUCUCAUCUACCUGCUGACUUAAGGACUCUUGGAUCACAUACUGCUGAUGUUGAGUCAGUUUGUUCAAAAGCUCUAGAUAUGCUACAAGAGCGUACAAACGCAAGACAUUAUGUUCUUGCUAGGCAUCCUAAAGGAGAACUUCAGUUUUCUAAUGUAGCAAGCACAAGUAAUCAUGAGAAUAAUGAAUUGCAAAUUUUUGGCAAUGAUGAUAUCAUGAAAUUCAAGCUAUCAGAAGAAUGCCUGUGUAGGACUUAUUUCGACUUCUUAAAUAGGAGUCCAUCAGUAAAACCAUUAAUCCAAAAUCUUGAGGGUCAAGUAAAGAAGCGAAAGACUAAUGCUAUCCAAUCUUCUUUAGAAUGUAGAUUUGAUAGGUAUGCUAAUACGUCCAUGGGUUUGAAAGAAAGGUUUCCAAUAAAUGCAAUUCUGGAGAGCGAUGUUGGAUCAAACAUAUUACCUCCAUCUUUUCUAGCAAAUAUGCAUGCAUCUAUGAGGAGACGAGAGAAAAUAAAUGCUGCCAAGUUGCGGAUCUGUGAGAUUAUGAAACCCAUGAGUUCUUUUACUUCUGAAAGCCAAAAUGGUGUGACUAUUGAUUUGGACGAUGAUGACGGUAACUACCCAUCACAAUGCAUGCCCUUCAAGAAAAAACGCAAAUGUGGAUGUGAAGGAAAUAAUAUUGAUUGGGAAGACAAUAUUAUUGAGAUCCUUCUCCUCCAUCAGGUGAGCGAAGAGGAAAUUGUGAAAGGCCACUAUCGCUCAUUAUUAGAUCGAUACGUCUUUGAUUUUGAUAGUGACAUUUCUGAUAAGGAGUUCAGAAGUUAUACACGUUCUAAAGAUGAAGUGGCAAAAUUGCUAUCCAAUAGGUUAUCAAUGAUAAGGAAACAAUGAGCAUUAAGCCGUGGUCCUGAUUCUGGUCAUGGGAUGCAGAUAACUCUAUUAUACACUGUGGGCUCGAGGUCCUCAUUUGGAGAACCAACUGUGCCAUAUUGUACACACCAUCAUGAAGAUCAAAUUGGAUAAGUUUCUACUAAUCCAGCCUGUGUAAAUUAAGCAAAUACAAGAGUUUGGCGAGCAGAACUCUUGUUAUCUAGCUUUCAAGGAGGGGAAAAGUUUAUACUGAGCCUAGGCUCUAAACAAUCAAAUUAAAACUUACCUAAAAAA